AUGGAUUACAUCCAAGACAUUCGCCGUGCUGGCAACCUCCCCUAUCCUAAUCUCAUCCGCGCUUACGCAACAUCGAACCAAGAGCGUUGCUUCCUUGAGCCUGAAAACCCCUCCAAGGCGGCUGGUGCUGGCAACCAGCACCAGACCGCCGCAGAGGGCGCUCUUGAGAGAUCGAUCAAGUUCCGCUUUGGAAGUUUCGGUUCCAUCUCCCACGUUUACCGACGAGACAGGGCCGGGCAAGGCUUCCACUUCGUGAUAUACUUUCGUCGCGACCGCGGUGACAUCGACCAUGGACUUGCUCGAUCUAAUGAAGAUAUCUACGAAUGUGCUAAGAUGAACAUCUUACGCCACCCUCUGAGCAAGGACUUAAAUAAUCCGGUGUAUACUACUCGGGAACCCAUCACUCACCCUCUAGUCCAGGGGCUGCUACGUUUGAAUAAUUACCCGUCAAUUCCGGACGCGGUCAUGAGUGGACCUAUGCUGCCGCGAUACAGCCUGAGUCCUGGAGAAGUCCAGGAUCCCUCUAAGCCAGGACAAUUCUCCAAGCCCAAACAUAUGCAACCCGCAGCUCUUACCAAAGUCUUUGAGAUACCGGAACUUUGCAUGGCGAUCAUGCUAGAGCUUGGCCACCGCUGGGGAGACUUGUCUAACCUUGGCCGAACAUGUCAAACCGUCAUGUGUGCAAUCAAUAAUAUCUCGACUCGAGUAGACAUCACCCGCGGUAACUUCCUGAAUUUGGAAUUCAGUGACGCCGAGAUCAAUACAGUUAAUGCUGGAGCAACCCCUGAAGCCCUACUCUCGGGCAAAGUCAUGAAGCCUCCCUCAUCCCAAUUCUUGGUUGUUUCGAAUGUCCGAUACCCCUACGAGGCCCCGGAAGGCGGAGAGGACGAGCCGGACGAAUUCGGUCUUCCCGCUCGCCCUAAGGGAAAGUCAUUCAAGCUAACUGCAGAGAGGCGAGUUAUUGAUACGUAUCGACUUCUACGAACCAUCGAUAGCCGCGGCCAUCAGAUUAAGAUCCUCCACCUCCACGCCGUGCCGAACUUCGAUAUUCCCCUUCUCAAGAAAUGCCUCGAGCGGCUGCCGAACUUGGAGACACUCGGAGUUUACAAUUGCGAACUCCUGCAUUUCGGCGAGACCAUUCCGUUCCUGGAAGCUGUAAUUGAACACAACAACAAACCGGGAAAUAAAUUUGUUCGUCCUGACUUCUCGCCUGUCUACUACCCCGGACUGCCCGUAGGGGCGGAAGGACGUACGGGCGAGUACGGCGUCAUCCCGUCGGAUCAGGGAUUAAUUGACACCCGCAGGGCUAUUGUCGCGGCGCUGCGCAAAGUCGUCUUCCUUGCCCUAUCAAAUAACAUCGACUGGUUCACGCCUGGCACUGCUAUGCGGCAGUAUCUGGAACGUAUUCCCUUCGCCCUCGGCUCGCUUCGCUAUAUCCUCGAGGCUUGCUACAACAUCUACUAUCACGAGCAGGGCUUUUACUACCCGUUCUUCGAGGAAAUCCUAAAGCGAAACAUACAGAUGGAUAACAACGGGCCUCGACACGAGGAAAUGUGUCGCACCCUCUACAACGAUCUCAUCCUGGCGGUCGAGGGUAGACCUAUGGAGCGCGAUAAGUUGCUCGCAUUGACCACGAGCGGGAAGCACUUCCAGCUUAUCCAUUGCGCAUUCUGCUCGACCUCCUUGCCUGCGUAUUUCUUUACGCAGAAGUCUGUGAACCGUCAAGCGGACCAGGUGGAAUGUUGCGGAUGCCAAUUAACCACCCAGCUCAACUACCAGGUCGACAACUUCUUCCGGGAGAAGAAGGGGGUUUUGCGCAUCCUGUUCAAGGACGAACGGAUUACGGACAUCGGCAGCUUCCUCAACGCUAAGCGAACUGCUACCCCGGAGGAGCUCGGCAAUCCCAAAUUCGACUUCUGGCUCGUAUCCGUCAAGUCGAAGGCAGAAGUAGCGGCAGCAAGGCCCCGCGACGGCGGUGACGGCACCGGAGACCUCAUCCUCGACGGGCGUCCGGGCCCGGACAACGACGAAGAGGCGAAGCAGGUGUGGAUUUGGAAGGAGCGCGUGGUGAAAGCGAUGCGAUAUGCGAAGGCCAGCAUCGACCAAGGCUCGGCAACGCUGGAGAAGACCAUCGCGGACUACGACAGGGAGAUCAAAUACUUGGACGACCUGUACUUCAACGGACGCGGCCUACGCUGGGCGGCCGACAGGCGCAAGAACCGCGACAGGGUGGAUCUCAUCUAUCGCUACAUCGAGCAGGAGAAGGCGCGGUGCGGCCUGGCGCAGAUGCAGGGGCGACAUGGCGCCAAGCUCGCGGCGAACUGGGACGAUGAGAUCAAGAAGUACCGCGAGAUGGUCUGGAUACAGGCCGGAAUCAUUAAGAACAAGGGUCCUCGCCAUGUGUACGAGACCAAUGGCGGCGUGUACUAA